UAGCGGCUGUUCAAAUCAUAUGACAGGCACAAAAGCCUUGUUCAAAGAGUUUGAUGAAACAGAAAAGGUUUAGGUUCGGCUUGGGAAUGGAAAAGGAAUUCAAGUUGAAGGAAAAGGAACGGAGGCACUUAAAACUAGCAACGAUAGUGUAAAACUCUUGCAUAAUGUUCAAUUUGUACCUGAUUUGAGAUAUAAUUUAUUAAGUGUUGGUCAACUAAUGGCUGGAGGAUAUUCAGUUUUGUUUGAUGAUGGAGCAUGUGUUAUUAAAGAUAAAAAAUCAGGCCAAACAAUGGUCAAUGUUUACAUGACCAGAAAUAAGAUGUUUCCUCUUGAAGUCUCAAAUGUGAAAAGUUCCGCUUUGGUUGCUGUUGCUCAAAAUGACUCUGAAUUGUGACACUUGAGGUAUGGGCAUCUUAAUUUCAAGGGGCUGAAGUUGUUGGGUCAAAAAGGUAUGGUUAAUGGUCUGCCAAAAAUUUACUCUUUUAAUUUAUGUGAGGGUUGUAUUUAUGGGAAACAAACUAGAAGUUCAUUUCCUGUUAGAAAAACUUGGAGAGCUUCUGCUUGUCUUGAAUUAAUUCAUGCUGAUUUGUGUGGUCCAAUGAACACUGAAUCUUUUGGAGGAAGUCGUUAUUUCUUACUUUUUACAGAUGAUUUCAGUCGCAUGUUUUUUGAAAUACAAGCCAGAAACUUUUGAGAAUUUCAGAAAAUUCAAGGCGAUGGUAGAAAAGCAAAGUGGGCAGUGCAUCAAAGCUCUCCGUACAGACAGAGGUGGUGAAUUCUUGUCUAAGGAAUUUAACCACUUUUGUGAAGAAAAUGGAAUUUGCAGGGAACUAAUGGCUCCUUACACACUAGAGAAGAAUGGGGUAGCUGAGCGCAAGAAUCAUACCAUUGUUGAGAUGGCAAGAAGUUUACUUAAAGGCAAGGGACUUCCAAAUCAGCAUUGGGCUGAAGCAAUUGCCACUGUGGUGUAUUUGCUGAAUAUCUCUCCCACAAAGGUUGUAUUGAAUCAAACGCCAUAUGAAGCUUGGAAAGAAGGAAGCUGGAAUUGGUGUAGUAGCAAUGCUAAAAUUCAACAAGAUGCUUCACUAGAUGAGGUAGCAGAUCUCACACCAGCAAAUUCAACAAGUUCCUCUCCAUCAAAUUCAAAUAAUAGCAGGCCAGCAAGUUCACCAAGCUCAAGUUCAAAAGGCAGCAGCUCAUCUUCCUCAAAUGAGUUGUCCGAUGAGACACCUCCAAGGAAAUUCAGAUCCUUGAGAGAAAUUUAUGAAUCUUAUGCAUUUGCUUUGUUUGCUGCAGAUCCUACAACUUAUGAAGAAGUAAUAAAAAUGGAGGAAUGGCGAUAUGCAAUGAAGGAAGAACUGAUGGCAAUACAAAGAAAUGACACUUGGGAGCUGAUGAACUUGCCCAAUGGAAAAAAUGUUGUUGGCUUGAAGUGGAUAUUCAAAACAAAGUACAAUGCAGAUGGAAGUGUACAAAAGCAUAAGGCAAGCCUUGUGGCGAAGGGUUACAGCAGCAGGGUAUUGAUUUUGAAGAGACGUUUUCUCCGGUUGCUCGAUUUGAAAUGGUGAGAACACUUUUAGCCUUGGCAGCUCAGUUGAAAUGGCAAAUUUAUCAACUUAAUGUUAAGUCAGCAUUUUCAAACGGUGAGCUGGAAGAGGAGGUUUACGUUACUCAACCUGAAGGAUUUGUGAUAAAAGGUGAAGAAGAAAAGGUGUACAGGCUGAAGAAGGCACUUUACGGGUUAAAACAAGCACCACGUGCAUGGUACAUCAAGAUCAAUUCCUAUUUUCUGCAAAAUGGGUUUGAAAGGAGUGAAAGUGAGCCUACUCUCUACUUAAAAAGGCAAGGUAACAAUGAGUUUCUUAUUGUAUGUCUUUAUGUUGAUGACAUAAUUUAUAUGAGCUCAUCUCACUCCAUUGUAGCUGAAUUUAAAUCUAGUAUGAUGAAUAGAUUUGAGAUGACAGAUUUGGGUCUCUUGCAUUA